AGGCGCCGGCCGAGGCUGCUCGGGCGCGGGGCGCGGGCGGCGGCCGCUCCAGCUGGCCAUGGCGCGGGGCGCACGGCGGCCACCCGAGUGGCGCGGCGCGGUCAGGUUUUUAAUCCAGUACCAACUCUAUGGGUCCAGGAUGGGUUUGUCCCAUGGCCCGCUCUGAGCAGCGUGCUGUCUGGUAGAAGAUUCCCGGGCAGGCGUGUCUCUGUUGCCUUACAGAGCAAGCAAGGAAGAUGGACCGACGGAGGAGCCAUCCGACCGUGUGCUUUCUACCUUCUGUGCCCUUGUUAAUCCUCGUGUCCACUCUGGCACCUGCUGAGAGUGUGACUAACAGCACUUUAAAUGGCACGGCCGUGGGCCUGGGCGCUGUGCCCGUGGUCAUUGCCAGGACUGACCAUAUCAUAGUCAAGGAAGGGAACAGUGCCUUGAUUAAUUGCAGCGUUUAUGGCAUCCCCGACCCGCACUUCAAGUGGUACAAUUCCGUUGGCAAGCUGCUGACAGAAGAGGAGGAUGAGAAGGAGAGAGGAGGAGGGAAGUGGCGGAUGCACGACAGCGGCCUCCUGAACAUCACCGAGGUGUCUUUCUCAGACCGAGGCAAAUACACGUGUGUCGCUUCCAACGUCUACGGCACCGUGAACAACACGGUGACCCUGCGUGUCAUCUUCACCUCCGGGGACAUGGGCGUCUACUACAUGGUGGUCUGCCUGGUGGCCUUCACCGUCGUCAUGGUCCUCAAUGUCACCCGCCUGUGCAUGAUGAGCAGCCACCUGAAGAAGACCGAGAAAGCCAUCAACGAGUUCUUCAGGACGGAGGGCGCGGAGAAGCUGCAGAAGGCGUUCGAGAUCGCCAAGCGCAUCCCCAUCAUCACCUCGGCCAAAACCCUAGAGCUUGCCAAAGUCACGCAGUUCAAGACCAUGGAGUUCGCGCGCUACAUCGAGGAGCUGGCCAGGAGCGUGCCCCUGCCGCCCCUCAUCAUGAACUGCCGGACCAUCAUGGAGGAGAUCAUGGAGGUGGUGGGGCUGGAGGAGCAGGGGCAGAACUUCGUGAGGCACACUCCCGAGGGCCAGGAGGCCGCCGACAGGGACGAGGUCUACACCAUCCCCGGCGCUCUGCAGCGCAGCGACUCGCCCACCGCCGACUCGGACGCCUCCUCGCUGCACGAGCAGCCCCAGCAGAUCGCCAUCAAGGUGUCUGUCCACCCGCAGGCCAAGAAAGAGCACGUGGACGACCAGGAGGGGGUGCAGUUUGACGUCAAAGACGAAGAGGAGACCGAGCCGUCGGCGGAACAUUCCCCCGAAACUGCGGAGCCCUCUACCGACGUGACGUCCACGGAGCUCACCUCCGAAGAGCCGACGCCUAUUGAGGCAGCAGACAGGGUACUGCCGCCAGCUCACCUGGAAGCCACAGAGCCAGCAGUGACAUGUGACAAAAACACCUGCAUUAUUUACGAAAGCCAUGUCUAAUUUAAUCAACCCCGAAGAGCUAUGCAUAUCAAGCAAACCAGGGCUGCGCCUCGUGACACAGAUGUAGUCCGCACUUGCCGCCAAGCCUUACCAGGAGACUCUCGCCCUUGGGUCGGAGGGACGCCAUUCGGGAAGGGGACACACCUGCGUGCAGUUCGUGUGGCUGGAAUUUCCCCGUGAGAAAGGACGCGAGAAACAUCAGGGUGCAGAAUCGAUGCUGUCAGACAGAAGGUGUCUUCUGUCCGUGUGACGUGAAUUUCAGAGGCUGCUCUCUGCCACGUACCUUAAUCAGCGACGUCCCUUUGGCAGAGAGCACACCAUUGUGAGAUAUUCUGGGUCAGGAGCCCUGUCCAGUGCAUACUGCAUUGCUUUUCCUUUUGAACAUUGUAGGUCCGCUACAAUAGCAAAUGCACGUACCUGGGUUUGUUGCACUUUCUUCUCAGUUUUAAUUGCUUCCCCUGUUCCUUUAUAAUGGAGUAGUUGUUAUUAUAUUAAUACUAAUUGCUCUUUCUGGUUUAGCCCUUUUUGCCAUUUUUGUCCUUAUUUUUCACUAGAACAUGUACCUCAGAGGCCUUGGUGCCGGUCACCAGUACCAGGGCUGUGUCUCCACGCCAUUUGUCACGUUCCAAAGUAGUUACUAGGCUCGUUAUUUUUCUCAUUCCCCAGGCCCAUUUCCACAGAAAGCCUUUUCUGUUUCCAGUGAAGCUGCUGUCGUGAAACUGAGAAACACUUUGCCCCAGAAUAGCACUUUAAUAGUCGAAUAAAAAUGUGUUUACCUGUU